AUGGCGAGAAAUCCACUGUUAUCCAUUCAUUACGAUGCAGAAAUGGUGUAUGAUGAAGAAGAGACAAAGAAGGUGAAGAGAAUCUACUACAGAUAUCCAACCGAAGUAGAUGGUAUCUUAAUUUAUAAAAGGUAUCUUUUGCGCGAUGACGAAGACUUAGCUGUGUUUCUCGUCGAUUUGGGUGGUCGAGGAUCGUCUGCGGAUACUGUCGACGAAAGUCCGUUGAAUGGGCCUGUAAGACGAAAUAUCAGGCGAACAAUGGUGGAUAUGAAUAUGGCUCCUGAAGGUAGUCAAGAAGGGUCUAAUGUUGAAGUGGACAAUGCUGAGUUGGGUGACGGCAUUGAAAGUCACGAUGGUUUAACUGUGAGGGAUCCAAUGAUGGAUCCGUAUGAAGCUAUCCCCGAUGAUGGAGACGAUACCGAAGAAGAACCAGCCGAAAUUCCUGAUGAUGGUGACGAUGAAGAAGGGAUGAAUUUUUACGGUGACACACAAAUUUCCCUAACACAACCCGCUAUUUCGCAACCGUAUGAUCGCCCGGACCACUUCUCUAGGUUGAAUCUCGAGGCAAUGACGUCCGAUUGGUCCUUUACCCAGGGAGGCCCUGAAGAUGAUCCAAGGAAUGAGUUCGAGGUUGGACAACAUUUUCAGCACACGGAAGAAGUCAUGUUGGCUGUUAAGACGUACAGCAUCAGGAGGGCUGUGGAGUACAAAAUAGUAAACAGUGACCAGUGGAGGUAUAAUGCACAGUGUGUCCAGUUCGGACCAGGUUGUAAUUGGAGCAUACACAUAUCAUAUCGCCGUAAGGUAGAAAAGUGGGAGGUGAGGAGAUACACAGGUCCUCACAGAUGCAUGCAAACUUCGAUGGGGCAAGACCAUCGUCGGUUGGAUUCGAAGGUGAUUGCGCAACACAUUUUCACAAUGGUAAAAGCGGAUCCAACAAUAAGUAUCAGGGUUCUGCAAGGAAGUGUAGAGAAACACUUCGGUUACAAGGUGUCCUACAGGAAGGUUUGGCUUGCAAAGCAGAGAGUGAUUGCUAGCAUAUAUGGGGAUUGGGAGGAGUCCUAUAACGAGCUUCCUCGUUGGUUGUUCGCCAUGCAAAUGUACUUGCCUGGUAAGGAUUUAUUCGUUGUUGUUAUAUGUUAA